CAAAGCGCAAAGAUAAAACUCAAGAUCAUCAUCGUAGAUGUCUGAAAACAUGCCUGGGCUUCAUGGUUUCGAGGGGGACAAUUUCUAUAUCCCUUUGAGUAACCGCACAGGGUUGGUACGGGACCCUUUCCUGUACACACAGUAUUAUCUGGCAGACCCAUGGCAGUUUAGGCUUCUAGCUUUUUACAUGUUCCUGCUCAUCUGCUUGGGCUUUCCAAUCAACGGUUUGACUCUUUUGGUCACGGCACAACACAAAAAACUCCGGCAGCCGCUGAACUAUAUCCUAGUAAAUCUGGCGCUUGCCGGGAUGAUCAUGGUCUGCUUUGGCUUCACCAUCACCAUCACUUCAGCCGUGAAUGGCUACUUCAUCCUUGGGCCAAUGGCAUGCGCCAUUGAAGGUUUUAUGGCGACACUUGGAGGUGAAGUAGCACUCUGGUCACUGGUGGUGCUGGCCAUUGAAAGGUACAUUGUGGUCUGUAAGCCCAUGGGGAGCUUCAAAUUCAGUACAGGACAUGCCAUGGGUGGAAUUGGCUUCACCUGGUUUAUGGCGAUGGCUUGUGCUGCUCCACCACUUGCUGGCUGGUCAAGGUACAUUCCUGAGGGCAUACAGUGCUCGUGUGGGCCAGAUUACUACACUCUUAACCCAAAAUUCAACAAUGAGUCUUACGUGAUCUACAUGUUUGUUGGCCACUUUAUAAUUCCUGUGAGCGUCAUCUUCUUUACAUAUGGACGACUUGUAUGCACUGUCAAAGCGGCCGCAGCACAGCAGCAAGAUUCAGCCUCCACCCAGAAGGCUGAGAAGGAAGUGACACGUAUGGUCAUCUUGAUGGUUGUGGGCUUCAUGGUGGCCUGGACCCCAUAUGCCAGUGUUGCUGCUUGGAUCUUUUUCAACAAAGGAGCCCCUUUUACCGCUCAGUUCAUGGCUAUUCCUGCUUUUUUCUCAAAGAGCUCAGCUCUCUUUAACCCUAUCAUCUAUGUGCUGCUAAACAAACAGUUCCGCAGUUGCAUGCUAACCACUCUGUUCUGCGGUAAAAACCCCAUGGGAGAUGAGGAGUCUUCGGUGUCCACCAGCAAGACAGAGGUGUCUUCUGUGUCUCCGGCAUAACAGUCUCCUGCCCUGCCCACUCACACCCAUAACUCUUGGAAUUUUUGGAACAUUUGAAGCUCUUCAUCUUGCAUGCUCCCACUCCCUCCAUGGGUCUCACGCGAGCACACUUUGCAAAGGGUCAUGUCAUGGACAUGCAGACAAGGCUGCCAGUUUAAUUUGUUUGGCUGCUUCUUCAUCACAGGUUUGUUGUUAUUGCUGAACUAUGUGAGCAUCAGAAUUGUAAUGGGAUUUGGUGGAGCCAGUCCUUUUUAGGGGUGGUGGGUCCUGACAAACUGCUAACCAGGAUCUUGAUGAAUGUUUCCCUUUCACAUAAUAUUCUUCUCUUUGAUGUAUUGUGGAUACGCUGAUGCAAAUUUGUGCUGGUCUGUUGAGGGCAUUGUUUGCUGUAUAUAUUUUUGUAUCUUAACAAAGCAUAUGAAAAAUAAUAUUUGGAUGUAAUAAAACCUUGCAUUUACGAA